UGGGUGUCUCUUCCAAUACUAAUUUUUAAUCUAGGAUUAAACGAAUCUGAUGUGGAAACCCAGCGGCAAAAGUAUGGAGCCAACGUUAUUCCCCAAAAGCCUCCAAAGUCGAUUUUUCAGCUGGUUUGGGAGGCCUUACAGGAUCUAACACUGCUUGUCCUCAUCGCUGCUGCCCUAACCUCCCUAGGGCUCUCCCUUUAUAUUAAGUUUAAUUCGGGGUUAAGCUACGAUGGAUCUUCGGAAAACGAGACUGGUUGGAUUGAAGGCGUCGCCAUUCUCGUGGCUGUCGUGGUUGUGGUUGUCGUUGUGGCUUUCAACGACUGGCAGAAGGAGAGACAGUUUCGUGGACUGCAGAGUCGGAUCGAGGCUGAGCAGAAAUUCACCGUCCUUCGAAGUGGAAGGAUCAAGGAAAUUUCCAUCUCGGAUAUUGUGGUCGGUGAUGUCUGUCUAAUAAAAUAUGGUAAGCGUUCUACGAAUACCAAUUUCGGACCUGAUAAGCGUCGACGCAGGAAACGUCUCUUCAAUCUGACUGUUGUAGGGGAUCUCUUGCCAGCAGACGGAAUUUUACUUCAAUCGAGUGACUUGCGAAUUGACGAGAGCUCGCUCACUGGCGAGUCGGAUCACGUGAACAAGAGUUGUCAUUCUGACCCCAUUCUUUUGUCCGGUAAGUCGUCGGCUUCCCGUCGUCCCAAUUGCACUCACGUGAUGGAGGGAUCAGGUCGAAUGCUGGUAACGGCCGUUGGAAAGAACUCCCAGGCUGGAAUUAUCUACUCCCUCCUCAACAAUAUGCACGGUGAACUACCUGAAACCGCAACUGGACUGAACCCUGUCGACAACACCACAAAUAAACUGGAGACAAUAGUAGAAAAGAUGUCCGAGGACGACUUGAAAGCACCGUCUACGGCCUACGCUCCCACAAGCAAACGAAGCAAGACGAAGCUGCGAACUCGACAGAUGUCCGUCCUGCAGCUGAAGCUGGCCAAACUCGCCAUUCAGAUUGGCUACAUCGGUAGACCUGCUCAUUUCUGUGUCAUCGAGUUCGCCGAGAAACAGGAGUCGUGGGAAACGGGGCGUCACCUGAAGCAGCUCAUCCAAUUCUUCAUCAUUGGCGUUACCAUCCUUGUGGUCGCCGUGCCCGAAGGACUUCCGCUCGCUGUCACUCUGUCGCUGGCCUACUCUGUCAAGGAAAUGAUGAAGGCAAGUCGUCCGAUUUUAGAUGAAUCUGCUGCCAAAAUGAGCAGACUGAUAGAAAAAGGCAGAAAUGAUAAAUAUCUGCACAAGGACAACAAUCUAGUUCGACAUCUGGACGCAUGCGAGACAAUGGGGAAUGCCACGACAAUCUGCUCGGACAAGACGGGAACUCUAACAACCAAUAGAAUGACUGUGAUUGAGGCGCACUUUGCAAAUGCAGUCAUCACCUUAGAUAAGCUGGAACAACUCAAAGACGCCGGCCACCUUAGACUCGUCAGUGGUGUUGUGCUUCGAAAGCUCGAAUUGGCUAUCGCCAUUAAUUCGUCCUACACAUCUCGUCUGCUGCCUCCCAAGGUACCAGGAGAUAUGCCCGUACAGGCGGGGAACAAGACGGAGUGUGCGCUUCUUGGACUGCUGCAACGCUUAGGUCGAGACUACGAGGAACUACGCAACUGCCACCCAGAGUCACAGUUCGUCAAGGUAUACUCGUUUUCUUCGACGAGAAAAUCGAUGUCCACGAUAAUCAAGUCGCCCGACAACGACGACGAGGAGGCGACAGACGAGGAACGUGGUGGAACUAGAAGAACCACCACAAAACUCCUGCUACUCACCAAAGGGGCCGCCGAACUGAUCAUUUCAAAGUGCACAUCGCAAAUCACUGCCGAGGGAAAAGUAAUUCCACUUAAUGAGAAGGCAAGGACUGCUCUGUUUGAGUCGGCUGUCGAGCCAAUGGCAAGGAAGGGGCUGCGAACCAUUGCACUCGCUUACCGAGAGCUGAUAACAGCACGAAGUCGCACCCUCAACUUCGACAACGAGGAUCUCUGGCUUCGUGAUUUGGUGUUCGUCUGCGUGGUUGGAAUCGAAGACCCCGUUCGUCCAGAAGUACCACUCGCCAUAGCCAAGUGUCAGCGGGCGGGCAUAACUGUGCGCAUGGUGACAGGCGACAACUUGGAGACAGCGCGUUCCAUCGCCCUCAAAUGCGGCAUCCUCACUGACCAAAGUAGGCUGUCUGAGGGCGUGGUCAUGGACGGACGCAUGUUCAACAGGCUAAUUAGGCACCGCGUCACCGGCCAGGUGUCCCAAGAGCUCGUGGACAAGGUUGGUAGUCCGACUUCCACGACAGUGUGA